AUGUCAUCCAGUGGUGGGGUUCCUCUCAACAUUAGUGACUCAGUCCUCCAUGGCGUUCUAAGUUCAUCCUCACCCUCUUUUUCUCCCUCCACCACCCCUCCAUCUCCAACCUGCAGCAUAGAUGAGUCCUACAAGUACAUUUUCCUCCCCAUCUGUUACUCUUUCACAUUCAUCUUCAGCAUUUCCCUUAACUCUGUUGUCCUCUACCGUUCUUUCCGCCAGACCAAACGCUGGAAUGCCUCUCUGAUAUACAUGGUCAACCUAGCCUCUACAGACUUCAUGUAUGGCCUGUCACUGCCAUUCCUUGUGGCUAGUUACAUCAUGCAUGACCGUUGGGUCUUUGGGGACUUCAUGUGCCGCCUUGUCCGUUUUCUCUUUUACUUUAACCUCUACUGCUCCAUCUUCUUCCUCACUUGCAUCUCUGUCCACAGGUACCUCGGUAUCUGCCACCCAAUGAAAGUGAUCACACUGGAGACCAAGAAGGCUGUCAAGUACACUUGUGUUCUGGUUUGGAUUGUGGUUUUUGCUUUGACCUGCCCUAUAUUCCGGUUUGCUCAGACUGGUCAUGUGACAAGAUUGGGGGGGGCUGGCACCAAUUCAAGCAUAACUGACGAGCCAAACUAUGAGAUAUCAGCUAUUAAUGGUAAUGCAAGCCAUGAUAACUUGGGAGGUGUCACUGAGGAAUACCAGAACUGUUGGGAUGAUGCAAUAGAUAAGGAGUUCCCUGAUUACAUACCCUAUGGCAUCAUACUCCAUUUGCUGGGCUUUUUUUUACCUUUUUCUAUAAUUGCUUGGUGUUAUUCUCAUGUUGUUCUAACCAUAUUUAGAACUCUGCAUUCGCGCCCCUCAUCCCACAGAGGCAAGAGAGAGGGAGGACAUGAGGGAGUGGAGAGAAGAUGGAGAACAAACUUUGCAAUUGCUGGAAGUGCCCACUCCCCAUAUGCCAAUCGCAGACGCAAAUCUAUCAGGACCAUUAUCACUAUCACUCUCCUCUUUGCUCUUUGUUUCCUCCCCUUUCAUGUCACCAAAACAAUUUUCCUCCUGUUGAAAGUGACAAGGAGAGUUCCCUGUCCUACCAUGACCAUGGUCUCCAUGUGCUAUAAGAUUACAAGGCCUUUGGCGUCAUUCAACGCUUGGCUUAACGCCCUACUUUACUUCCUAACUAAAGACAAGGGGGGAGCCCACUGCUGCCAGACAGUAAACGGCAACACUCAGCAACAUGGCGCGCUUCUGUUACCACUGAAGAUGAUGAGAAAAGGAGAGAAUGCAGAGAAUGAGAUUGAAGACAUAAUGGACAAUAAGGAGAAUAAAGCAUUUAACAGCCCGUCAUACGUAAACAGAGCAAAAGUCACAUAUAUAGUUGAAUGA